AUGUUCUACACUUACAUCUUUUGGCUUCUGGCCUCGUCUGCACAAGCCGUCCUCGUCUCGCCGCCUACCGGGCCUUAUGCGGUCUCCAUGUCUGUCCAAGGCCUCACCGACCACUCUCGAAUGGAUCCCUAUGCACUCAGCAACAAUUCCCACGCCCGUCAAGUAAUGAUCUCGACUUUUCUUCCUGUUGAUGAGUCCAAGACCCCUUGUAUUCGUCGGGAAAGGGUGCCAUACAUGACGCCACUGGUCGCCAAAGCUUACGAUCAACUUGGGACUGCUGUGGGGCUUCCCGACGGCACGUUUUCCUCCUUUGAGAUGGACUUUUGCAGGACCAAGAGCCGUGCUUGUCAGCGAACCCAUUCCAAGUAUCCCCUCGUGUUGUUCUCACCGGGCUGGGGCAAUCCCAGAUUGCUGUACGGCGCCAUGGCACGAGAAGUCGCAAGUCGCGGGUUUGCUGUUGUUACCAUCGACCAUCCUUACGACCCCUCAUAUGUCGAGUUCCCUGAUGGUACCGUCUACACGGCAGUGGACCUGGACACCGAGAAUACAACACAGCUGGAAUUCCUAACCAAGGUUCGGGCUCAAGACACGUCCUUUGUCCUUUCCCAUCUCUCCAAGAACCCUGUUGUAGGCAUUGACCUAGAUCGCACCAUCAUGUUUGGUCACUCCCUUGGUGGUGCUACUGCGGCCGCGGCGAUGUUGACAGACCCUCGGAUUAUGGGAGGUGUGGGAAUUGACGGUAAGCUCUUCAGCCCUGUCCUCGAAGAAGGGCUCGACCGGCCUUUCGCACUCGUGGGAAGGCCGGGGCACGCCGCCGAAGACCCCACCUGGGACCAGUUCUACAGCGUUCUACGCGGUAAGAAAGCCGACUUGAGUGUCACUGGGACCGUCCACGCAAGUUUCACAGACUUCCCAACUCUCAUCGCUUCUCUGAACACCAGUCUGCCGGAGACAGCCAAGGUCCUAUUGCAAGCCGAGUUAGGAACUUUGGAGUUUGGAAAAGCGGCGAAGGUGGUUGCUGGCAUCGUUGAGGCUUUCGCCAACUUGACCUACAACAACCACACCGGGGCAAUGUUCACCAAAAGCGGCGAUGCGUCUUACCCGGAGGUUACCGUCUUACGAGCUAGUAUUUAA